AGACGGAGCGCGGACAGCUUUGGAAGAUGAACAACAGUUCUGAGCAGAACCAAAAUGGAGGUGGUGUUGAGAGAAAUUCUAAUCGCAGAAGAAGAGGAUGCAGUCGAAGUGCCCUUUGAGCUCCACCAGCUUCAUUUACAGCAUGAUCAGAAAAUAUAUAGUAGAAACUGUCCCUGCUCGCAGGACAGGACCUCUUGAGAAGCUGCGCGGCUGUGCAGACUUUUAAGCCCGUGGAUGCAUGACCUGGUGACGUCUUUUCCGGCUGAGUUCACGCAGACGAUGAGUUUGGACAGGUUUUCCGCAAAAUCUUCGUAUCGUGAACUUUCGAAGCUCCCCACCUGCCUGUGUAAGCUUGUAUCUCUUGAUUCCUUCAACCAAACCCUAAGUUUCCUGCGACAGUGGACACUUGCCUGGAUUUGUGACUAAAAACAUGGCGGAGUGUACUGGAGAGCGAUGGAGGAGCAAACUGCCGGCCCAUGCUCUGUUUACAAAGCUUCGUGAAAACCUGGAGUUUGAGCCUCGCGGGAACGGCAGGAAACCGGCGAAGAAUCUCACGUUCUGCUUAGACGGGGACCUGUUUGUGUGGGACGGAGCGGAGAGUGCGUUUUACACCACAAAUCUGCGCCAGCUUAACAGUACAGACUUGGUUCCCGAGCAGUAUCAGACCCUGCUGUGCAUCAACCCGCCCCUGUUCGAAGUGCACCAGGUUCUGCUUAGCCCCACGCAGUACCACGUGGCUCUGCUUGGGCAGAAAGGAGUGAGUGUGCUGGAACUACCCCAGCGCUGGGGCAAGAGGUCUGAGUUUGAAGGAGGGCGCUGCACAGUCAACUGCAAGACUAUCCCAGUAGCUGAGCGUUUCUUCACCAGCUCUGGGUCUCUGACGUUGAGACAAGCUGCCUGGUACCCCAGUGAGACUGAAGAGCUGCACUUAGUGCUGCUUACCUCUGACAACUCCCUCUGGUGCUACAGUCUGAAGGAGCCACAGACCCCAGCAAGGAGCCUCUCUCUCUCUCAGCCUGAAGAGGAGAGUGCUGUCCGGACAAGAGGGCGGUCCUAUGCAGCUUCACUGGGGGAGAUCGCUGUAGCAUUUGACUUUGGCCCCAGGCUCCCGGCCCCCAAGCAGCUCCUGGGUCAGCGAGCGAGGGAGGACGUGCUGGCGUACCCCCUCUACAUCCUCUACGAGAAUGGAGAGACCUUCCUCAGCUAUGUCAGCCUGGCACAAAGUGGAGGGAGUCUGGGGAAGCCUGUGGGCCCCCUGCCCAUGCACCCUGCGGCGGAGGAUAACUACGGCUACGACGCCUGCGCAGUGCUGUGCCUGCCCUGCGUGCCCAACAUCCUGGUGAUCGCCACUGAGAGCGGCACUCUGUAUCACUGUGUGGUGCUGGAGGGGGAGGAGGAGGAAGACCCUGCACUCAGUGAUCGCUGGCCCCAGGGUGCGGUGCCGGUGCCCUCUCUCUAUGUCUACGAAUGUGUCGAGCUCGAGCUCACUCUCAAACUGGCAGCCAGCGAGGAUGGAGAGGAGCCUCUAGAGUCAGACUUCACCUGCCCAAUCAGACUGCACCGAGACCCGCUGUGCCAGACUAGGUACCACUGCACCCACGAGGCCGGCGUUCACAGUGUGGGCCUGACCUGGUUCAGUAAACUGCACAAAUUCCUUCAGUCAGAUGAAGACGACAAGGACGGUUUGCAGGAGCUGGCAGCCGAGCAGCGCUGCAUCGUGGAGCACAUCCUCUGCACCCGGCCGCUGACCUGCAGCGCGGCUGCCCCUGUUCAAGGCUUUUGGAUCUUCUCAGACCUGUCUCUCGGAGCCACCAUGAUCUGCAUCACCAGCAGCUCCGACUGCAUCACCCAGCCACUGCUGAGCGCGACCCGCCCCCCCUGCUCUGCUCUCGUCCUGGCUUGGAGUUCGGCAGCUCCCCACUGCGCGGCUUUGCAGAGGACUCCUUUGAGCAGCACAUCCGCAACAUUCUGCAGCGUGGCUCUGCCAAUCCCCUAUUGCUCAGAGUGUUUGCAGCUGCUGAGCCGUGCGACCCAGGUGUUCCGUGACGAGUACAUUCUGAAACAAGACCUGGCCCGGGAGGAGAUCCAGCGCAGGGUGAAGCUGCUGUGUGGACAGAAAGACAAGCAACUGGAAGACAUGGCACACUGCAGAGAGGAGAGGAAGAGCCUGAGAGAGAUGGCAGAACGGCUGGCUGAUAAGUAUGAGGACUCCAAGUAUCGACAGGAAGUCAUCAUGAACAGGAUGAAGCAGAUCUUGGGUAGUUUCCGCUCGCAGCUGCCUGUGCUGUCAGACAGUGAGAAGGACAUGAGGAAAGAACUGCUGACCAUCAACGACCAGCUCCGUCACCUAGGCAACAGCAUCAAGCAGGUCAAUAUGAAGAAAGAAUACCAGCAGAAACAGAUGGAGAAGGGGGUGUCUCUCCCUAAAGCUAAUCUGUCUCUCACUGCACACCAGAGGACGUGUGUCUUCGGCAUUCUCAAGGAGGAGGGAGAGCACAUCGCUGAGAUGAUGAAGCAGAUCAAGGACAUCAAGAACCACUUCAGCUUCUGAGAAGAGCCCUGGGUUCAGACUGCGCUCCGAACCAGCACUCGGAACCCUUUCUGAACCCUGCAGGAUUAUUUGUAACAUUUGAAAUGCAACUUGUCGUGCAAUUUUUUUGAUGGUUAGCAAUUGGCUUUUUAACUUUUCAAUAUUUGUAGUACUUGAGUUUCUUUGGUCUCUAAAUUAAGUUGCAGUUUAUAUGUAACUGAGAACAAAAGGCUCUUAUAUCUCAAAACUAAAGAAACUUAAUUGAUAGUUAUAAAAUUAAACAGACAAUUCAACAAGGUAACUUUAUAACUACCAAGGAUAAAAUUAUGCUUCUAAGCUUACAAGGUAAAAAAAAAAUGUAAGUCUACCUUUUUGUUUGAAGUUAUUUGUGUACGUCUGAAUCGCCUGUACUUGUACAUACUUUGUGUAUUCAUCUAGUGGGAGAAUAAACACCUUUUGUAAGGAA